CUAAAAACCUAAGCUCUAAAAACUUUUCGUCUCUUUCUUCUUGAUAAGCUAAAAGCUUUGUGAUAACAAUGGCUGGUAAGGGAGAAGGUCCUGCGAUCGGUAUCGAUCUUGGUACCACCUACUCUUGUGUUGGAGUGUGGCAACACGACCGUGUUGAGAUCAUUGCUAAUGAUCAAGGUAACCGAACCACGCCGUCUUUCGUCGCUUUCACCGACACCGAGAGGUUGAUCGGAGAUGCUGCUAAGAACCAGGUCGCCAUGAACCCUGUUAACACUGUCUUCGAUGCAAAGAGGUUGAUUGGUCGUAGAUUCAGUGACGCAUCUGUCCAAAGCGACAGGAAGUUGUGGCCUUUCACUGUCAUCUCUUCUGGAACUGCUGAGAAACCAAUGAUCGUAGUCAACUACAAGGGUGAAGAGAAACAGUUCGCCGCUGAGGAGAUCUCUUCCAUGGUUCUCAUUAAGAUGCGUGAGAUUAGUGAAGCUUACCUUGGCACCACUAUCAAGAACGCUGUGGUCACCGUUCCUGCUUACUUCAAUGACUCUCAGCGUCAAGCCACAAAGGAUGCUGGUGUCAUCGCUGGUUUGAAUGUUCUGCGUAUCAUCAACGAGCCCACUGCUGCUGCCAUUGCCUACGGUCUUGACAAGAAGGCCACCAGUAUUGGAGAGAAGAACGUUCUGAUCUUUGAUCUUGGUGGUGGUACUUUUGAUGUCUCUCUUCUUACAAUUGAAGAAGGUAUCUUUGAGGUCAAGGCCACUGCUGGAGACACUCAUCUUGGUGGUGAAGAUUUCGAUAACAGAAUGGUUAACCACUUUGUUCAAGAGUUUAAGAGGAAGAGCAAGCAGGACAUCACUGGCCUCGCAAGACCCCUUAGGAGGCUGAGAACAGCUUGCGAGAGAGCAAAGAGAACUCUUUCUUCCACGGCGCAAACGACCAUCGAGAUUGACUCUCUCUAUGGAGGAGCUGACCUCUUUGCUCCAAUUACCCGUGCUAGAUUCGAAGAGCUUAACAUGGAUCUUUUCAGGAAGUGUAUGGAGCCUGUUGAGAAGUGUCUCCGUGAUGCUAAGAUGGACAAGAGCUCAGUCCAUGAAGUUGUUCUUGUCGGUGGUUCCACCCGUAUCCCCAAAGUUCAACAGCUUCUCCAAGAUUUCUUCAAUGGUAAAGAGCUCUGCAAGUCUAUCAACCCUGACGAGGCUGUUGCAUACGGUGCAGCCGUCCAGGGAGCUAUUCUAAGCGGUGAAGGAAACGAAAAGGUUCAAGACCUUCUCUUGCUUGAUGUCACUCCUCUCUCCCUCGGUCUUGAAACUGCUGGUGGUGUCAUGACCACUUUGAUCCAGAGAAACACAACCAUCCCGACCAAGAAGGAGCAGGUCUUCUCCACUUACUCAGACAAUCAGCCCGGCGUGUUGAUCCAGGUGUUCGAAGGUGAGAGAGCCAGAACCAAGGACAACAACCUUCUCGGUAAAUUCGAGCUCUCCGGAAUCCCUCCGGCUCCUCGUGGUGUCCCUCAGAUCACUGUCUGCUUUGACAUCGAUGCUAAUGGUAUCCUCAACGUAUCUGCUGAGGACAAGACCACCGGACAGAAGAACAAAAUCACCAUCACGAAUGACAAGGGUCGUCUCUCCAAGGAUGAGAUCGAGAAGAUGGUUCAAGAGGCAGAGAAGUACAAGUCUGAGGACGAGGAGCACAAGAAGAAGGUUGAAGCCAAGAAUGCUCUUGAGAACUACGCUUACAACAUGAGGAACACCAUCCAGGACGAGAAGAUUGGUGAGAAGCUUCCCGCAGCAGACAAGAAGAAGAUCGAGGACUCCAUUGAGCAGGCGAUUCAGUGGCUCGAGGGUAACCAGUUGGCUGAAACUGACGAGUUUGAAGACAAGAUGAAGGAAUUGGAGAGUAUCUGCAACCCAAUCAUCGCCAAGAUGUACCAAGGAGCUGGUGGUGAAGCCGGUGGUCCAGGUCCCCAUGGUAUGGACGAAGAUGCUCCUCCUGCUCCAGGGGGUGCUGGCCCUAAGAUCGAGGAGGUCGACUAAUCUGUUGGAUCUUGACAUGUCUCUCCCUUUCUGCCUAUCUUUACUUUGGAUCGUUAAGACUUUAUCUGUUGUUUUGUUGUGUUUUUUGGUUUGUAUUUUUUUGGACAAUGGCUGGUUUGCCCAGCUACGAUGACGGAUACAAGUUUUCUAUAGAACACUUGUUCAUUUUUGCUCAUUAGUAAAAAA